UAGCAAGGGGAAGCAUACAAAAAACGCUGACUUCCUGUAUUUUCUUAAAACGAAUGAAUACAUAACGCAGAACAUAAGCGAGUGGGAUAUAAUAUCUGAAAUCGUUAUUGCUGUUGUUGCCACUGCUGUAAAUGCGGAUUGUUUACAGCAGACCUCGCAUCCUUUCCUCCCUCCCCUUUUCCUCUUUUCCGGAGCGCCGGAGCGCUGGUGGAGAGGCAGCGGCCACAGCUGCUCCCGCUGACCGAAGAUAGCGCCUGCAGACCCGGCCACGGCCGUCACAUCACCCCGGGCCCCUGGAGGGUGCGAUCCACAGCAAAAGCAGGAAGCAAGCUUUUGAUGCCACAUCAUUGUGCAGCAGCACCAUCCUCUCGUGAAAAAAGCGAACAGGCUCGUCUGGAUUUGAUUAUUCGUCACCUCUAGGUCUUUUCAGGAGUUUGGAUGUGCUGUUUCACAUGAUAUGGCUGUUCUUAAACUAGUCGACCAGCCACCCCUCGUCCAAGCCAUCUUUAAUGGAGACCCCGAUGAGAUUCGUAUGCUCAUAUGUAAAUCUGAAGACAUCAAUGCACUGGACCCUGAUAAGCGUGCUCCCCUUCAUGCAGCAGCCUUCCUCGGAGAUGCUGAGAUCACAGAUCUCCUCAUUGUGUCAGGGGCUCGGGUCAAUGCCAAAGACAACAUGUGGUUGACUCCACUCCACAGGGCAGUGGCAUCACGUAGCGAGGAGGCCGUUCGCGUGUUGAUCCGUCAUUCUGCCGAUGUUAAUGCACGGGACAAGAACUGGCAGACUCCGCUGCAUGUCGCAUCCGCCAACAAGGCCCUGCGCUGUGCUGAAGUCAUCAUCCCGCUCCUGAGCAGCGUCAAUGUUUCAGAUCGCGGGGGACGCACCGCCCUACACCACGCUGCCCUCAAUGGACACACGGAGAUGGUUAGCCUUCUCCUGGCCAAGGGUGCCAACAUCAACGCCUUUGAUAAGAAAGACUGCCGUGCACUGCACUGGGCAGCAUAUAUGGGUCACUUAGAUGUAGUGUGUUUAUUGGUGAGUCAAGGGGCCGAGAUCAGCUGCAAGGACAAGAGGGGAUACACACCUCUACAUGCUGCUGCUUCCAACGGUCAGAUCGCUGUGGUGAAACAUCUGCUUAGCCUGGCUGUAGAGAUAGAUGAAGCCAAUGCCUUUGGGAACACAGCUCUGCAUGUGGCGUGUUUUAAUGGGCAGGACGCAGUGGUCAGCGAGCUGAUCGACUAUGGUGCGAAUGUUUGUCAGCCAAAUAACAAGGGCUUCACACCUCUCCACUUUGCUGCUGCAUCCACCCAUGGUGCCCUGUGUCUGGAGUUCCUGGUCAACAGUGGAGCUGAUGUCAACGUCCAGAGUCGAGAUGGGAAAAGCCCUCUUCAUCUGACGGCAGUGCACGGACGAUUCACACGCUCCCAGACGCUCAUCCAAAACGGUGGAGAGAUUGACUGUGUUGAUAAGGAUGGAAACACUCCGCUGCACGUUGCUGCUCGAUACGGCCAUGAACUUUUAAUAAACACUCUAAUCACGAGUGGAGCUGACUGCACCAGAAGAGGGGUUCACGGCAUGUUCCCCUUGCAUCUGGCCGCUCUGAAUGCUCAUGCCGACUGCUGCCGGAAACUCCUCUCCUCAGGACGGAGGUAUAGCAUAAUGUGCCCUCUCAAUAAUGACUCGGUCCUAUCUGCAGGCUAUCAAAUCGAUACACCAGACAACCUUGGGAGGACAUGUCUACAUGCCGCGGCUGCGGGCGGUAAUGUGGAAUGUGUGAAGCUACUACUUAGCAGUGGAGCUGAUCAUAACCACAGGGACAAACAUGGAAGGACCCCUCUCCACUAUGCGGCAGCUAGUCGACACUUUCAGUGCUUGGAGACUCUGGUGUCCUGUGGUACCUGCAUUAAUGCCACUGACCAUUGGGGGCGCUCUGCUGUGCACUACGCUGCUGCUUCUGAUCUGGACAGGAGGCGGCGUGUGGUCCUGGAACCAGAGAGUGACGGUGUUCAAGCUGAGAGGGAGAAGGAGGCAGCUCUGUGUCUUGAGUUCCUGUUGCAGCACGGUGCCGCCCCGUCACUUAAAGAUAAGCAAGGCUACAGUGCCGUUCACUACGCUGCAGCGUACGGCCACAGACACUGUCUGAAACUGCUUUUGGACAGAGAUGAGAACCAUCCAGAUGAGAUGGAGAACAGCCAAACCAGAAGUCCACUGCAUCUGGCUGCAUACCAUGGUCACGCACAGGCUCUAGAUGUGCUCUUGGAGGGUCACUGCGAGGUGGAUCAGGGGGAUGAGGUGGGUCGGACUCCAUUGGCCCUUGCUGCCCUCAGGGGCCACAACGACUGCGCUCUCACACUUCUGAACCACGGGGCCUCGCCGAGAAGCAGAGAUACUACACGAGAACGUACACCCAUCCACCUUGCAGUAAUGAAUGGUCAUACAUCAUGUGUGCGUCUCCUGCUGGAAGACUCUGAUAAUGCAGAUCUGGUUGACACAGCGGACUCUCAGGGACAGACCCCUCUAAUGCUGGCAGUAAUGGGGGGUCAUGUGGACGCUGUGUCUCUUCUGUUGGAGCGUGAGGCCACUGUAGACAUGGCUGAUCAUCAGGGUCUGACUGCUCUACACCUGGGGCUCUUGUGUGGACAGGAGGAAUGUGUUCAGUCCCUGUUGGAGCUGGAGGCAUCAGUGGUACUGGGGGACUCCAGGGGUCGGACAGCCAUCCACAUGGCUGCAGCGAGAGGUCACGCAUCCUGGUUGAGCGAAUUGCUCAAUAUCGCAUGUUCUGAACCCCCAAUCCCCCCAUUGCGAGACAACCAGGGAUACACACCCUUGCACUGGGCCUGUUACUAUGGUCACGAAGGCUGUGUGGAGGUCAUACUCGAACAAAAAGACUUUCGUCAGUUUGAUGGGAACCCCUUCACUCCGCUGCAUUGUGCUGUGGUCAAUGACCAUGAGACUUGUGCCACCCUUUUAUUAGAAGCCAUGGGAUCAAAGAUUGUAACUUGCAAAGACUCCAAGGGCAGGACACCUCUCCAUGCUGCUGCAUUUGCUGGGCACAUUGACUGUGUUCAGCUGCUCCUGGCCCACAAUGCAUCUGUGGAUGAUGUUGACCAAUCAGGGCACAGUGCACUGAUUAUGGCAGCAGAGAAAGGAAGAGUUGAGGUUGUAGAAGCUCUGCUUACUGGUGCCAAUGUGAAUCUCAGUCUGACUGACCAGAAGGGCAAUACAGCACUUCAUCUAGCCUGCAGUAAUGGAAUGGAGGAAUGUGCAUUGCUCAUUCUUGGAAAAAUUCCAGAAUCUGCUCUCGUUGCUACAAACGCUGCACUGCAAACACCUCUCCAUUUGGCUGCUCGCAGCGGGAUGAAGCAGACAGUGCAAGAGCUGCUCUCUCGUGGGGCCAGCGUUCAAGUACUAGAUGAGAAUGGUCUCACCCCUGCUCUGGCUUGCGCUCCCAGCAGGGAAGUGGCUGACUGCCUGGCUCUCAUUCUGGCUACCAUGAUGCCUUUCUGCUCCCCUUGCAGCUCUGGAACUCCUUCCCCAGGUGCCCUGCUGAAAUGUCUGCCCCGCCAGGCCAAGAGUCCCCAAGGCCCCCGCAGUCCAAGGGACCCCUCCGGUCCCUCCAGCGAGGGCACGACCACUGAAAACGACUCGGACUCAGAGACAUUUUGACCCCGGCUCCUUCUAGAGGCGCCCGUCAUAGUUUUCAAAGCACAUAUUGUCAUGAACCUUACAGAAUUUGUACAGAUGUUUGAUUAUGGAGCGCAGCCUCAAUAACAAGAGAUUAUGAAACAUGACAUAGCACACUUGGUACGCUUUUGUUUUGCCACACUUGUUUGCACAGGAGAUUUUUUUCGAAAGCCAUUUUAAUCACUUUAACACAGGAUGAUUGAGAACGCCAAAUGUUGACCGACUUCUCACGCUUGAAGUACGAUAAUUUAUAGUGUGGCGUGUUCUGUCUUAAUCUGUGGACUUUUGAAAGCACAAACCCUGCACAAGGUGAGGUCAGUCAUUUCACUCCUGUUGUCACUGUGGGACCAAUCAGGAACCAAGAAAUCACAUUUUGGGAACAACAGGGGAAUUGCCAUCACUGCAUCAAAGUCACUUAGUAUUUAUUUGUAAGAGCAAAGGCUGGAAUACACGACAUGACUUUGGCACAGAUUUUUGCUGAUUUAAGUCUGGACAAUUUGUCAAAAGUCAGAGCCAGUCUGAAGAUUUGACUUCACAGAUAAUCACAUUGUAUAUGAUGGGCACAGACAACUGACUUUAUUGAGACACAGACAAACAGACAUGCUAAUAAACAAUAUAUCACUACUGUUUUACUAUAGUUGAUGCGCUGAGCAGCCAUAUUGGAUUCUGAAGUCAGGGUUUUGUUGCGGUUUCCCCGAGUUUCCCAUUUCCAACUCUGACCUGAGGGGGCGUUCCAGUUAAAAGUUCCACUUAAAUGGAAUGCACCAUAAGAUUCCAUCCAGUCUGACAAUAUCAAACAUGUUUGAUAUUUUGAACCGAUUUUACAGCACAUUGUUUUCAUUUGUCAUGCAUCUACCAAC